CUUGCUCUGCUCCGCGCCGCACUCUACACCGACACGCGACCGCACCGCCUUUAACUACACCCACCACCUCCCACCCCCAGCUAGCUCAAGCUCACCACCACCCCCAGCCCCCAGGACACCGCCACACCACCAGCCAGCCGCAAGGGAGAGGGGCGCAGCGAACCGAAGGAGGGGAGCGGCGGCGCGCGGGGGCCUAGAAGCUAGCAGAGCGCGAUGGCGUCCAUCAUCGUGCAGGCGGUGGUGAUCCUCCUGGACGUGAUCGCCUUCGGGCUGGGCGUCGCCGCUGAGCAGCGCCGGAGCCGGGCCACCGUCACCCCGGACGCCGCCAAGGAGUACGACUACUGCGUCUACGACUCCGACAUCGCCACGGGCUACGGCGUCGGCGCGCUGCUCCUGCUCGCCGCCGCGCAGGUCGUGCUCAUGACCGCCAGCCGAUGCUUCUGCUGCGGACGCGGCCUCAAGCCCGGGGGCUCCCGCGCCUGCGCGCUCAUCCUCUUCCUCUUCACAUGGGUGACCUUCCUCAUCGCGGAGGUGUGCUUGCUGGCAGGAUCAGUCCGCAACGCGUACCACACCCGGUACAGGGGCAACUUCUAUGGCGAGCCCCUCUCCUGCGAGACGGUGCGCAAGGGUGUCUUCGCGGCUGGCGCAGCCUUCACCUUCUUCACGGCCAUCCUGGGCGAGGUCUACUACCUCAGCUACUCAAAGUCGCGUGAAGCCGCUGGUGGCGCACCCUAUGGCGCCUCCAGCAUCGGCAUGGGCCCUUACACCUAAAGGAGAUUGGUGAAGACCAGCCACGGUAUUUUCAGCUCGUUUCGUGGUGGAGGAAUGCAAUGUUCUUAUUAACAUCACCUUAGUAGUGACGGUGUAAUUGGCUAUUGGAUUUGGUGUUUCUUUGCUAGGUUCUUGUAUGAGGUCCCGGUUGGGCUGUAUACUGUUUGGAUUAUUGGGUUGGAUUCUGGACAUGAAAUACACGUAUCGUAGUAUGCUAUGCUGUUCAUAUGUAUGUACUUUAUUCUCAUGGCUGCUUGAUGUUUC